CAAACCCAGUCAGCUGAUGACUGGAUGGCUGUCACGUGACAGCUAUGGCUGACUGUUUGAUAAGAAGAGGUAAAAAAAAAAAAGAAGUCAGACAUUAGAAUAUGUUUGAGCUGUUUGGCAGUUAAAACCCUUCCGGAAACAUUCGCGUAGAGGAAGUAGGCAUUUGGCUAAAUGACAAGAUGGAGGAGAGCUCCUCCAUCGAGGUAGCGCUCAUUCCAGAGAACCAUCAGUGCCGUGAGGUGGGUAACAUCAUCAAAGCUCAGCUGGCUCCCGGUGAAACUUUGCUCGGGUGUCUGGAGGUCGGCGGGACGCUGGUGCUGUGGGACCCAGCCAACAAUGAGGUCGCUCCGGUCACGAUAGACGGUUGCUACCAGGACUUCUCUUGGGAGGAGCCAAGUAGCCACCAUGUGGCGGGUGGAGCCUUGCGACUGCUGGCUGUUGGCUCUCAGUGUGAGCUGGUUGUGCUGGAGGUGGACGCAGAGAGAAUACCGUCCCUCUCCAUGCAUGUCGAUGAAUGUCCUGCACAGCGCCUCCAACAGGCUGUGUCGGAGCAGGACCAGAGCGUGUGCGGCUUGAAGGUGGUGCGCGUGCUCUCCUUCGUUUCGGGCCGCGGUUGCCUGUUGAUGGACACCAUCUGGCUUCUGCAGCUCAUGUGGUCGCCCACGCAGGAAAUGUCGCAGACGCUGAGCUGCUGCCGCAUCGCUCCGACGGACGCCACCGCCGUGGCCCAUUGCUGCGUACGUGACGACAGCGCGUUCGCCAUUGGCGAGAGCGGACUCAUCUCUGUCUAUUAUAUCCCUAAUGGUGUCCUUCUGGCCACCAUCGACCUUCCGGCCUACUUCAGCCAAGGCCUAAUGGAGGAAGAGCUUGCCUCCGCUUCCUCUUCUUUCUGCUUCCUGGAGGUGUCGUCAGAUCUAAGCACAGCGGUGGCUGUCACUAAGGCUCACGCCGCCAUCGCCAUAGACCUCAACGACUACUUCAGGCGGCACCCAGACCGCCUGCUGUGUGAGGCGACCACCACUCACGCGCCACUUCUUCGAUCCCAGCAACCGGCUGACGAGGACAGCUUGGCGAGCUCCGGCUGUAGCCUCGCCUCGCUGGGAUGGAGCGUUAACUCUGACCGCUCUUGGGGGUCUCGUCUGACCUCUAUGUACAACACAGCCCAGCAGCCGUCUCCCUCCUCCUUCUACGCCGUCACCUCCUGGUCCUCCUCGCUCCCCGGCCGAGGGUCCCAUCAGCCUCCGAUCCACAGCAGAGUUCCCGCCGGCGGGGCGGUGGUCGCUUUCGCCGUCCCCGAAUCGUCCGUCCCGUCCCUGCUCUUCGUCUCCGAGUUCUCCGCCAUGUUGACCUUCGUCUCCCCCGGCAACAUGCGGACCAUUGGUGUCUUGUGGGACUUGGAGUCCAGGAAUGUGAGGUACCACCAGGCGGAGGGUCAGGCGGCGCCGGUGGAGCUUUGUGGCGAGAGGCAUCACAAUCUGCUCCUCAAGAAAGUGGGAAUUUUCCAGGUCUUGUUCUCCGUUUCCCAGCACGACUUGCUCACCAGGCUGAUGUUGUUUGGCAGCGCGGCCACCGUCGACGCAAUUUGUCACCUAAACAGCUGGGGGCGCUGCUCCAUCCCCAUCCACUCCCUGAAGGCGGGAGUGAAGAAUCGUCAGCUGGACACGGUGGAUUUCUACCUGAAGAGCAAAGAAAACCUCCUGAAGACGUCGAGCGCCUCCAGCUUGAAAGAACGCGUCCAGACGCUGUGUCCCGCCUUGGACCUGCUCUGCUCCGCCAUCAGGGAAUCCAACAGUGACGCUCAGAGCCGGCAGUUCUCUGAACAGCUGCUCAGCAUAACGCUCAACUUUGUCAACGCUCAGAUACGUUACAUACUCAAUCAUAUGCACUAUGAGGAAGAAGAUGUGCAGAGCUGCGUGGACGUCCUGAACGAGUACCUCGCAGAGCUUCGCACCUUCAUGAAGAAAUAUCCGUGGCCUGCAGGGGGAGACACCCACAAAGGCGACGUACCUGCUGAGGCGGAAGAGGACGAGUGGGAGCUGCUGCCCAUUGAGGAAUUGGUCCGGCUGUCCGUCCUGACAAAUGACAUUCCCAGAGCUCAAGCGGCCUUGAGGAGGCGGGGUCGUCCAGACUGGCGUCUGUCGGCCAUCAGGGCGGUGGGCCUGCACCAGGUCUUCUGCUGCUUGCAACAGCAAGACCUGGAGACCGCCAACACGCUCCUCACCAACAUGGGAUUCAACGUGAAGGAGGAACUGCAUCGGAUUUGCAUCUAUACGGAUGAUGAGGACCUGCGGGAGUUUGUGGGGGAGGAGCUGUCCAGACGGGCCCACUUUUCCGAAGAGGAGAGUCAAAGCGUUGUAUUUAUCAAGGAGGUGAAGCGUCUUUUGUUACUUCCGGCUUCCCGCCAUCCAAAGGUCCGUUACUCCAGCAGGGGGGUGGAGAUGUUCCUCAGGGAAUCUGCAGGCAGGGAAGUUAUGGAGGAGGUGUUGGGACAGAAGGGAUCCGGGGUGGAGGAUGGGGAGGUGGGGCUUAGGAAUAAUAUAAGACUCGAUUGGGUGAAAAACUGGAACCAGAUCAGCAGAACUGCCAUCCUGCUGUCCAGACGCCGGCCCUCAGAUUUGAGCAAGUGUGACGCCGCCGUCUUAUGGCGUCACAUGACCGCCCUCCACAACCACUGCGGCGUUGUCGACUGGAUUGGGAGCAUCGAGGCCUCUGAUACCUCCCACUGGCCGGAGUUAACCCCAGAAGUGGUGAACGACCACACGUUGUGCAGCUUCUUCCUGAAGGAGGUCAUCCAGGACCUUCUGGCCAGGAGGGGCGUGUUCAUCCCGGAUGAGCUCGCAGACUUGGAGCAGCUUUUGUGGCGGCUAGCUCAGGGGGGAGGGUUGAUGGCGGCCGUCCCUCCCCUCCCACAGUACCGCUCGUCGCUUGGUCUGGACCUCCACGCUCUGGUCAUCAGCUGGUGUCUGGAGCGUGGUCUGCAGUACCUUCUCUACGCCUACCUGGAGCACUACAGCCUAACGCCCAGGAACUGUCCUCUCCUGGCUGCUGGUGGCUCCACCCCAACUCAACCCUGGUCUGACAUGCUGGUGAAGAUCCAGGAGAUCAGCAGAGACCUAACAGACCCAGGACUGAUUUUCCAGGCCAGUCUGACCAGCGCUCAGGUUCUGUUACCAGGUAGCCCGCCGUCCCUCAGCAGCCUUCUUCUGGAGGGUCACAGUCUGCUCGCCCUCGCCACCAUCAUGUUCGCCCCUGGAGGCGUUGACCAGGUGGUGUUGCAGGGUGAAAGGACGCGCUCCGUCGAUCCUCAACUGAUGAAGAUGGCACUGACGGCGUAUCCCAAACUGAAGGCCGCAUUGUUCCCCGCAGGACCGAGAGGACUCUGCCUGUUUUCUGACGUCUCCAUCUACCACCUGCUGCAGUCGCUCCAUCCGCUCGACCCUUCCAGGCUUUUCGGCUGGCAGACGGCAAACUCCCUCAACUCAAGCAAAACCACUGAGCUGCCCCACUUCUCCAGCCCACAGCUGGUGGACAGCUUUGCUCUGGUGGACAAUUUAGACUAUUUGUACUACGUGCAACAUGGCCGACCAUCCUUUGCCUUCGCCACCUUCCUGCUGCAGCAGCUGAUUGGAUGUGACCAUGUCGGCCGGCUUCUGCAGCAGGCCCAGCAGCACGUGCACAGGCUGGCUGUGCAGAAUUUCAAUAUGGCGUCGGUGGCAGCGGCUGCUGUCUGUUUCUGUGAGCUGUUAGGAGUCAGCAGCCUCCAACUAAGAGUGGAUGUCAAGGUCCUGAAUGCCAUCUUGACACACUGGACACAACCAAACACACACUGUGGCUACACACAACCUCUACACACGCUGGUGUCCAAAGGUGUCAACAUGGUGGAGGCGGAGCCAGGAGCAGCAGAGGAGCUGAUUGGCUACCUGGAAGCUGCAGUGACGGACAGCCUAGAAGAGAAGGCUGUAUGCAGGUCGUCGUGGGAGGCGGCUCAGGAAUGGGAGUUGCCUGUGCAGUUUUGUCAUCUCCACGCUCUACCACUCAGCUCUGUUUACCCCGCCUACUGCGCACGUGACGGACAGUACAUCCACUUCCUAUUGUUUGUCCAAUUGCACCACUUCCCGACGCAGCAGGUUGGAUCCCUGGUGUCGCAGUUUGGGCCCGCCCUCCAGGACCACCUGAGGCUCGCCUUUCAAAAUCUGCAGGUCUUCAAUCAGGGGUCCUCGGGGGAGCGGGAGUCUCCUUGUGGGCUGUUCCAGGUGCUUCUGAGUAGCCAGAAAGAGGAGGGGCCGAGCAGGUACCUGCUGGGGGAGGCUUUAAGAAAACGCUGCCCGACGUUAGCCGUGCUGGCCUCUUGUACACAGGGGGCGGAGCUGCUCCGGUGCUUGUGUGUGUGGCUAUUAACCUCCAUCGAUGAUGUUACCACCAAGGAAGCCACCUCCCACCUGGCUGACACCCCCGAGCACCAUGAGUGGACCCUUCAUGACCUGUCAAUCAUCUGGAGCACCCUGCUGGGGCGGGGCCUUGUCAGGCCACUCCUGCGAGGCUUCCAACUUUUCCAGAGGGCCUGCCCCCUGCUGGCGGUGCUCAGCAUGUUCGAGUUAUGCUGCGACUACAAGAACUUCUCUGAAGCCAAAGUGAAGCUUCUGGACUUCCAAAGGACGCUAGUCACCCUGAGGAGUAGCGACCAGCCGCCCCCUGGUGGCCUCCCUCUGCAAUGGCUAGAGAGUCAGGCCUCCACGUUGCUCAUCAUCAUGUUGCAGCGUUGCUCCUCCCAGUACCACCUCCACCGCCUACUGCUGCUCCUCGCUGAUGUCGACACACUCCUUAAGACUGACGGUGCAGAUUUUAAAAAGCUGAGUCAACUGAGUCAAAUUCUGCAAGGGUCCGAAGUCAGCAUCUCUCCAAGGUUGCUCCAGUGCGAUUCCUCCUCCGUCCAGCAGGUGGAGUUCCAGGCCAUCGUGGAUUCUCUACAGUCGCGGCGCUUCUACUCACAGGCCCGUCAGGUGGCGGUGCUGGCAGGGCUUCCUGUCCACCGUUUGCUGCUGUGUCAGCUGCUGCAGGAAGUCCAGUGUCAAAGGUCCAAGCGUCAGUGGUCCAGAUUGGAGACCCGUGUGACCUUUUGGCACAGGUGUCACCAGCAGCUGCGGGCCGAGAGUGCAGAUCCCGAAUCAGCCUCCCACUUCUUCCAGUCACAAGCGGAGUCUUUGACGUCCGAGUCUUCCGCGGUACCGGAGGAUCAGUCUGAGCUGUUGGCGGUCCGAGAGCGCUGCCUGCUGCUCGGGAUUGCCGCUCACUGGCUCUCCCUGUGCAGCUCGGCUCUUGCAGAACAGAUAGAAAGCCUGGAGAAGAAACUGUGGAUCAGCCAAGUCCGGCAGCACGCACUGGUGGCCGCCAUGGGAAGGCAGAGCGUUUUCAACCUGCCGCCACCCGCCGCCACACCUGAAAUGAACACAUAUGAAGUCCUCAUGAAGGAGUUUUCAUUCUCCAACAUACCAGAGCUCAACAGCGACACGCUCCUCAGUCUGGAAGGACUCCCUGGCCCGGCUGAGGAACAUCUGGAUGUGGAUCCAGUUCUGAAUCCAGCCGAAAAGAACAUUCUGGCCGUGCUGGUUGAUAGCUUGUUAGACGAAGGAAGCAUCCAUAAAGCCAGCCGCGUGUGCCGAUACUUCUCCUUGUAUCAUCCUGACGUCUGGCUGGUUCUACGCUGCAGAGGCCUGGCGUCCGGAGAACUCAGGCCAGAAAAAAGGCAAGAUGUGCCUGAGGCUACGCCCACCAUGCUCCUCCACACCUCGCCGUCGCUGAGCAGCUUGUCGUCCUUCGUGAUGCUGCCCCUUCCUGAAGACGAGCUGGCGGUGCAGCUCCAGAAGCUGGCGGAUCAGUGUCGCCAUGGCAGUAAUUACUGCAAACAAGUCCUCAGCCUCUACCAGCUGUCCAAGGAGCUGCAGUGUUCCUUCAGCCACAUGACCAGGGAAGACCCACACUCAGUGUUGGAGAAGCUGCUGCUGUCGGAGCAUCCUGAACGCUUCCGGAAUGCUCAAGUCUUCAUCAAAGCUCAGAGCUUCUCUGCCGAAGUGGUGGCCGAGUUGGUGGCCUCCGCUUUGGUACACGCGCUGCAGGCCACCGCCCAGGAGCUUCAACCUGAGAGGCAGGUGUUCAGGCCGUCAGAGGGUCGGGAAUCUCUGAUCCAGCUGAUCACAUUGUGUGAAGACCCAAACCUGGUGGGAAUGAAAGUUCUGGAAAAAUUGAAGAGUGUGCCACUGAGGGACCUGAGCUGCAUUGUCGAGUUACUGAUUGUGGCCCACGACUGCUUCAGUCUGACGUGCAACAUGGAAGGAAUCGUCAGAGUGCUUCAAGCCGCACGGCACUUGAGCCAUGCCUACUUGGCGCCCGGCGAGCACUACGGCCUGCUUGUGCGCCUGCUGACAGGAAUGGGCAGAUAUAAUGAGAUGACAUACGUGUUUGACCUGCUGCAUCAGAACCAUCGCUUUGAGAUGCUGCUGAGGAAGAAGAUGGAUACAGACCGAGGACAAAGCUCCAGCCUAAAGACGGCGCUGCUGGACUACAUCAAGCGCUGCCUGCCCGCAGACAGCGAGAAGCACAACAUGGUGGCUCUGUGUUUCAGCAUGAGGCGGGAGAUCGGCGAGAACCACGAGAUGGCGGCCCGGACGCAGCUGAAGAUCGUCGAGUCUCAGCCAUGGGUGGUGUCUCCCGAGCUGAAAAGUUCUCUGUACAAAGUCUUGUCUCUCCUAAAAGACGCCGCAGAGAGCUUCUCGAAGGACGCGUGCGUGCACCAGGCCAGUCGCUGCGUGCGCAUGGCCAAGCUGGUCACUCUUCAGCUCCACUUCCUGAAUCAAGGCUCCGACCUCCGCGUGGUCAACCUGCGUCCUGCUGACAUGCUCCAGGUUGUCAUGGCGUUGCCUCGAUGCUACCAGGUGUUGGCUGUGUCGGAGGCGUACAGUUACAGUCCGGACUGGGUGGAGAUCGUGUACCACAAGGUGCUUCUCAAAGCUGACUUUGCAUACCUGGAGGAGCUCAAGCGCCAUCGCCCGCUGACCUCCAGCUUCUUCCAGGACCUUUUCAAUAAGCUGGACGGUGCGCCGAGUGGCGCCACGGCGAACGUGCGGCGCCUGCUGAUGUACUGCGACGACGUGUACGUGCGCUACCGGCUGGCGUACCAACGCAACCUCCAUGAUGUCACCAAGACGCUGCUGCAGGACGCCACCACGUCCAGCUAUCUCAACGACAAAAUCAGCCGCUGAAACUGUCUGGCAGAAUAUUAAGUCACACUUGGCCCUGAUAAGAAUGUUAUCAUAAAGCAUUCUGGUCAUAUUGACCUGGAUGGUCUCUGAUGCAUUGACAGCCCUACUAAUAAUAAUAUAAAAAUAUAGUAUUUGAUUAUACAAGAAAUACAUUACUCUAAUGACA